AUGAAGGCCAUGAAGGAGAAAUGCCACCUAAAACGACGCCUCGAAGACCUGGAGGCGUCCGCAAACAAGCAAGUCGACAGAGGAGAUGCUGGCGAUGGUGGAAGCGAGGGAGGGGCGCCGAACACUAAACCGGCCAAGAGCAAGGGAAAGGAAGAGGGGAACAGCCCAACGCGCUCCCGCUCCCGCCCCCUCCCUGCCCCAGUCGCUGGGCCCUCCAGCGCGCCACAGCCCGUCGCGGGACCCUCCACGGCUCCGGCGAAUACGUCGGCAUCGACGGCAAAGAAGACCAGGACCGAAGGGAGAGAUGCCCCGGCAAAAAGCCCCAAAGGGCAAGAAGAACGGACCGCCUCCAGCCCAGCUCCAGAGCCCCGUGUGCUGCCGCCAGCCCCGGCUAAGUGGACACGCCGUGGGUCGAAGGUGGUCAGGGAAACCGGCAGCAGCAGCAGCAAACAGCACGCAGCCGCCGAAACCGACGCGCCGGAAGAGCCAAAACUGCGGCCGCCACGUUCUGCGGCCGUAGUCAUCUCAACAACAGGCGAAGGGGCCUGA